CCCCGGCAGCAGGAGCGGGUGGACGCAAUUUCCUGGGGCCGUGGGUUCUCACCGUCGGUAGGCCCGCGGGAGCAGCCAUGGAGUCGGGGCGCGCCGGCUGCACCCCGCGGCCGCCCAUCCGCCCGCAGCCUGCGCGCCGCGUGCUGGCCGUGCUCUUCCUCGGGCUGCUGCUGGACCUGCUGGCCUUCUCGCUGCUGCUGCCGCUGCUGCCCGGGCUGCUGGAGAGUCACGGCCGCGCGCACGACCCGCUGUACGGCUCGUGGCAGCGUGGCGUGGACUGGUUCGCCACGGCGAUCAGGAUGCCAGCGGAGAAGAGGUACAACAGCGUCCUGUUCGGAGGUCUCAUUGGCUCGGGCUUCUCCCUCCUGCAGUUCCUCUGCGCGCCGCUAACAGGGGCCGCCUCGGACUGCGUGGGCAGGCGGCCCGUGAUGCUGCUGUCCCUGGUGGGCCUGGCCACCUCCUAUGCUGUGUGGGCUGCCUCCCGGAGCUUCGCGGCCUUCCUGGUCUCCAGGGUGAUUGGGGGCAUCAGCAAAGGGAACGUCAGCCUCUCCACAGCCAUCGUUGCUGACCUGGGUUCGCCAUCGGCCCACAGCCAGGGCAUGGCAGUCAUUGGCGUGGCCUUCUCCCUGGCCUUCACGCUGGGUCCCAUGCUUGGGGCCUCCCUGCCUGUGGAGAUGGCGCCCUGGCUCAGCCUGCUCUUCGCAGUGUCGGACCUGCUCUUCAUCUUCUGCUUUCUUCCGGAGACCCUGCCCCGGGAGAAGCGGGCACCCUCUGUCACCCUCGGCCUCCGCACAGCUACCAGCCUGCUCAGCCCCCUCGCGCUGCUCCAGUUCGAAGCUGUAGCCCGUGGCCAGGAUCCCCCUAACCGAGACAGGCUCUGCAGCCUUCGCCGCCUGGGCCUGGUCUACUUCCUCUACCUCUUCUUGUUCUCGGGUCUGGAGUACAUCUUGAGCUUCCUGGUACACCAGCGCUUCCAGUUCACCAGCCUACAGCAGGGCAAGAUGUUCUUCUUCAUCGGUCUCACCAUGGCCACCGUCCAGGGUGCCUACGCCCGGCGGAUCCGCCCUGGCAAAGAAGUCACAGCCGUGACAUGGGCCAUGCUGCUGCUGGUGCCAGCCUUCCUCCUCAUCGGCUGGGGCUACUCGCUGCCCACACUGGGGCUGGGGCUGUUGCUCUACUCCUUUGCCGCCGCAGUUGUCGUACCCUGCCUGUCCUCCAUGGUAGCCAGCUACGGCUCACCGGGGCAGAAGGGCACAGUCAUGGGCACGCUGCGGAGCCUGGGUUCCCUGGGCAGGGCAGUAGGGCCCAUGGUGGCCGCCUCAGUGUACUGGCUGGCUGGAGCCCAGGCUUGCUUCACCAUGUGUUCGGGGCUUUUCCUGCUCCCUGUCCUCCUCCUGCAGAAACUGAGGCACCCAGCACCAGGGCUCAAGGCUGAGUAGCCGAAGUGCUGCGAGCCCAGUCUGGACCAUCGGGGUGACUCCCCACUGCCCAAGUCCCCCAUCCUCACCACUCUGCUCCACCCUGACCCACUCCUUGUGAGGCACUGGGAGGAAAUCUGGGCAGCGGCCCUGGGUGCCUUGCCCUACUGGCCUUACCCUCCAGGCCCGAGUGGUUCAGUGACAAGGCCUUUGGGCCAGUGCCUCAGGCCCUGGGCCAAGCUUCCAAAUGACAAAUAAAGCAGCUAUUUUGUACCA